AUGCCUUCUUCCGCUCAAGUUCCAGACCAGCUGCCCUGGAAUCCCAACAACACCGAAUUUCCUUCUCGAAAGGAUCUCCCGAAGCUCCCUGGUGCACCUGAAGGUGCCUCUUGGGUCUGGGGUAAGGAUGAUGAGCUGGGCAGGUUGAACCUCUUGACGCCACAGCGCGUAAAGACGUCUGCCUCUGAGAUUGACACCGGUGAGAUGGUGCGAUUGGAUCUCCCCCUUACGGUCCCUGAGAAGCCAGCUUUCGACCGCGAGGUGUUUCAGCAUCAUAUCAAAACGCUCAUUCCAGAGAUUGCUUAUGACGAUACGUACACUCUGAACACCCAGAGCGGGACACAGUGGGAUGGGUUCCGGCAUUUCGGCCACAUCGACAGCAAAUGCUUCUACAAUGGGGCCAAAAGCACGGACUUCGUCGGUGACAAUGCUAACCACCGCUGCGGCAUCCACCACUGGGCAACCCACGGCAUUGCCGGCCGAGGAAUCCUCCUUGACUAUCGCCACUACGCAAAAACCCACAAUAAGCCCUACGACCCGUACACUACCCACAGCAUAUCGCUAUCAGAACUCCAGGCAUGCGCGGCCUCGCAAGGCCUCGACCUCCGCUCGCAAUCUGACGGCGGCGAUAUCCACAUCGGAGACAUCCUGCUCGUCCGCUCCGGCUUCGUGGAACGGUAUUACGAGCUGAAUCCCGAGCAGCGGUACGCGGCUGCAACGCGGUCCCAUGAGAACCUAGGCUUUGCGGGCCUGUCGCGCGAGCCGGCUAUACAGGACUGGCUGCAUGAUUGCUAUUUUGCGGCUGUUGCUGGGGACUCGCCGACGUUUGAGAGCUGGCCCGUUUUGGAGAACGAUUAUUUGCAUCAGAGUCUACUGGCGCUUUGGGGGUGCCCGAUUGGUGAGAUGUGGGAUCUGGAGAGAUUGGCGGAGAAGUGUCGCGCCAGAGGGAAGUGGUCUUUCUUUAUGACGAGUGCUCCGGCGAAUGUGCCUGGUGGAGUUGGCUCGCAUGCAAACGCAACUGCUAUUCUGUAG